AUGUCCGAAGUCCUAGGAAGAUUCCACGCCAAUCUGUGGUGUCCAGAUAAACCAGCAUGGAAGGUCAUCGUUAUUGAGCAUUUGAUUGAUGGCCCGAGCACCGGACUUGGCACUCUCUCAAGGCUAGACAUUGCAUUCUUCGCGCAUCACGCGAUUGCUGAUGGUCUCAGUUGUAUUGCUUUCCAUUCUUCGCUUAUGGAUAACCUCCAAUUGUCUUUGGAAUUGGUCUUACCUGCCCGAUGGCCUUUAAGGUUGGAUGAGACUCUAAGUAUACCACCAACAGUCGAAGAAUGUAUGGACAUUGCACCGUGCAGAUGUAUAACCUGCAACGGUCAAAGUAACCUUACUCAACCGGUUUGGGCAGGUGGUGAUAUUUCAACCACCCCUCAGACAAACUUUGAGAGCCGGGUUCGCAUCAUCACUUUUCUCCCAGAGGCAGUCUGCCGUAUUCUACGAAAGUGCAAACUGGCCAGGGUUACUUUGACUGGACUCCUACAUGCAUACAUAUGUACUUCUCUUCAACGCGCACUAAAGAAAGAGGGCAUUAAUGAAGAUACUACUCUGGGAUUCCGAUCUGUAACACCCUUUCAGAUACGAAAGCAUACAGGAGUCUCUGACAAAGACAUCCUCAACCACAUCUCAUAUCUAACUACUUACAUACCCCAUGAUGAAUUAGAUAAGACAGUGGCUUGUGAUGCGAAUUCCGACUCAGAAGAAAAGCAUAUUGUGGAACUUGCACGUUUCUUCAGUGACGAUAUAGUCACCAAGGUCAAACAAUUUCCUCACGGAAACAACAUGGCGGGGCAACUUGGUCAAAUUCGGGACACCUUUCAGUAUUGUAAAAGCCAAGGUGGCCAAAAGAGACAGUAUACUUAUGAGCUUUCUAACCUGGGAUCUAUACCAAACAUGUCCUUGCCCGAGCGCAGUGGUAUCAAGAUCGAAAAGCUAGUCUUUACGCAAUGUGGCUUUAUCGCUGGUCCAGCUCUAGGUUUUAACUGUGUUAGUGUUAAGGGAGGGCCUUUGACGCUGAGUGUUACAUGGCAAGGUGGUAUUGUUCAGGAGUCAAUUAUUGAGAGCGUCAUAGAUGAGCUCGAGACUCGCAUCGGCUGUCAGGGAGGGUGUAUAAGGGGGGAUUCUAGAACAGGUUAA